AUGGUCGAGGAGCCGAUCUUCGUGGCCUUCUGUCUGGAAACAGAGCUCCUGCUUAUUGUAGUUAUUGCUCUCACCUGCUAAUCAGAUAAAGCUUUGCCUUUUACGUUUCCCCUUCCUCCCUCCCUCUCUCUCUCUCUCUCUCUCUCUCUAUCCCCUCAGCUGCCCCAGGACAUUGAUCAAACUCUCCUCCUCUUCUUCUGACAAGUGGUAUGCGUGCUCUGUUUCCGGUUCUUGAAAGGGUGUGAAUUUCAUUCUCUGGGUCAAGAGAAGCUUUCUUUUGCUUCCCUUGCCGGCGUUUGAUGUGCUUUAUCCGGAGGUUCCUGUCGAACCUCUGCUUCGUUUUCGGUUUGCCUUUCUACUGGAGGGCUGCUGUGAGCUAGGAAGUUGGGUGAUGGUGAAGUCGAGCUUUCUCAAUUUCAGGGAUUUCCUCUGUUUCUUGAGCUGAAUUUUGGUGGGCCUGCCUAGUACGGAGGCUUGAAGCUGAUUGUCUGCUCCGUUUCAUAGUGAAAUUUAAGGUCGUGUUCUUGGUGGGUUGUGGCUUGCUUUCCGUUCACAGGGCUUCUUGAGGUGGAGUUUUGGUUUGUGUUGUGGGAUAACAGAGGACUAGGCAACUGUUCUGCUGUUCCUCUCAUUAGUUGAAUCUGUAAAUUCUGGAUGGGGAGCGAUGCUGCGGAAGCGGAGGACAUCCUCUCUGUUCCUUCUUCGUAUAAGGUGAGAUACAUCUGUUUGCAGGUUCAUCGAGCAAUGUGCACCGAGCUAAUGAGAUUGGUCAACAGAGCGAUGAGCCUACUGCCAGAAAUUGAAGCAGCUCGUCCUCGGUGCUCCUCAGGAAUGCAAGCACUCUGCUCAUUUAAUCAGGCAAUCGAGAAAGCCAGGCAAGUCCUCCAGCACUGUAGCGAAGCCAGUAAACUCUAUCUGGUGUAUACAGCUGAUGCAAUACUUUCAAGAUGCGAAAGGUCAAGGAAACUGUUUGAGCAAAGUCUUCUCCAGAUUCAAAACAAUGUUCCGGUUUUGUUGGCCAUAAAGAUAUCUCAGUUCAUAGAUGAUAUCAGAAGUGCGACUUUUACAUUGGACUUGGCCGAGGAAGAGGCUGUAAAGGUUAUCCAUCAGUUAGUCCAUCACGGUGCACCUGAAUCCGGCAGUGUUGAGGAUCUCGAGCUGAUAAAUACCUUUCAAUCUGUGGUAUCAAGACUCCACAUUACCUCUCCAAAGGCCAUCUUGAUUGAGAGAAGAUCGAUUAGGAAACUGCUCAGCAAGGUCGGGGAUGACAACACAAAGAAGAAGAAAAUCUUAACAUAUUUUGCCUAUCUUUUCAAGAAGUAUGGCAAUCAAAUUGUGACUGAACAAGCUGAGACCAUCAAAGUUGAGAGUGAUAAGCUGUUUUUAAAUGAUGACACUAAAUGUGAUCCAGAACCUAGACGAUCUGCUCGAGUUGAGAACCAAACUAGCCCUGGCGAUGUCCUGUCCGACCCAGUGAUCCUUGAGGAAUUCAAGUGCCCACUCUCCUCGAGGCUCAUGUAUGACCCUGUGGUCAUCGCCUCGGGGCAGACCUUUGAGAGGGUUUGGAUACAGAAGUGGUUCGAUGAAGGCAACAACACUUGCCCAAAAACAAAAGUGCAGCUCAAUAAUUUAUCAGUGACUCCAAAUGGCACCAUGAAGGACAUGAUAUCAAAGUGGUGCGCAAAGCAUGGGGUUUCCAUGCACGACCCGAGCGUAGAGCUCAAAAUAGAAGCCACGCCCUCAUUGGACCACUCCUUUAUGUCCAUUGCGAGUAUUGGAGACUCUGUGAAUGAUUUGCACAUCCAUAUGGAUCUUAGCAAUGUUUCAUUUGGGUCCUUAGAUACGAGCUUUAACUCCGACUCCUCACUCCCCAAAAUCACAAGAACAAACGAGAACAGCAAGAAGAAAUCUUUGGAUUCGAUUUGGAGGCUAUCAGAGCUUCCGUGGCUAUCUCAGUGUGAGUUGGUCGAAGAUUUCCGGCGCAGAGUAGAGCACAAUGGUCAAGCUCUUUACACGACUUCGCCAGAGAACUUUCUCAGUCCAAUAUCGAAAUUUGUUGGAGAGGCUAUCCACCACAGGGACAUCAAGGCUCAGAGGAAUGCAGCCCAGUUGUUACUGGCAUAUAUGAAGAAGAGCAGAUACGGUGCAAAAGACUUGACAGAAGAAUCAUACUCCGUGGUGGUGUCACUCUAUUCAUCAGAGGAAGUCAAAGAGGAAGCUCUUGCAAUAAUAGAAACUCUUUCUUCUCAGCCCCAUUGCAGACCAAAAAUUGCUGCUUCCGGUGCUCUUGCUUUGAUAUUGGAUGCCCUCUGCUCCAGAUCUCGAGGCCUUCAGGGCUCUGCACUAAGGAUUCUCCAUAACCUCUCCUCAGACAGCGAUCUUCGGCCCCUCAUCUUGUCCCUAGACCACAUCAUCCCCAAGCUGGUCCCUUUCCUGAAGGACACCAAGGUCUCGAGACACGCUCUGUUCAUCUUGCAACAUCUCUGCGAUAUCGAGGCAGCAAGAAUCUCCAUCACUGAAACAAGAGAUUGCAUCGCCUCCAUGGCUGAGCUGCUCGACACUGGGAACAGUGAGGAGCAAGAGAUUGCCCUGUCGAUUUUUCUCAUGCUGUGCUCUCAGAGGCUGGAAUACUGCCAGUUGGUUCUGGACGAAGGGUUUGCCGUUAUCCCAGCCCUUGUGAGUAUCUCUAUCAACGGGAGUGAGAAAUCGAAGGUGAGCGCGAUGGAGUUGCUCCGGCUGUUGAAGGAUGUCAAUGUCGUCGAGGACCAACAAGACUAUUCUUCUGGGACUGAUCCUGACCAGGCCAGGCCUAGAGACCACGGUGACCACCACAAGGAGAACAAGAGAUCGUCUUCUUCACGGUCAUCGGGGCUUUUUUCAAUUUUCUCAAGACCAAAGAGGUGAAAGUUUAGAUCAUGCCCUCAUUGCGGUGAAGUCUUUUAAUCUCACUGUAUAGCUAUAUAGACGUAUAUAUAGGUUCUAUUUGUUUUUGCACUAACUUUGUAAGUUUUGUUAGCAGAUAGGUCAGUUGUUUUCAUCCAGAUAAUGCUGCUUAUGGCUUCUCUUGUUUGGUAGGAAAUGUACAGUAGUUUUCAUGCAGAUGUAUUGUAUUAGGAGGCAUUUAUUUUAGGUCAGUUAUUAACCCGAGACGACCGGUAUGGAAGUAAGUUAUAAAUUGUCCCCUUUUUAUUUCGUAUCUUGCGAAUGCAUAGGUUACCCUUUGUGCUGAAAUU